UAGAUAUAUAUUAGAAGUACGGUUUUGCUCAGACGUAAAAAAGAGUUUAUUGAGAAGAGCAAAUUAGCAUGGAGGAAAAGAAGUACGUAGUUGAGGUUGAGAAAGGUAAAGAAGGCAGAAAUGGAAGGCCAUCAACAGGACCUGUUUACCGUAAUGUGCUAGCCAAAGAUAGUUUCAGGCCUUUAUCUCAUGGACUUGAAAGUUGCUGGGAUAUUUUCUGUGAGUCUGUCAAUAAUUUUCCAGAUAGCCGAAUGUUGGGUGAGCGGGAAAUGUUCCACGGUCAGGCAGGUAAAUACAUUUGGUUAACUUACAGGGAAGUGUAUGAUCAAGUGUUAAAAGUUGGAGCUUCUAUUCGUGUCUGCGGUGUUAAGCAAGGUGGAAGAUGUGGUAUAUACGCGGCCAAUUGUUCGAACUGGGUCAUAAGCAUGCAGGCCUGCAAUGCUCAUGGUCUCUAUUGCGUCCCCUUAUACGACACUCUAGGUGCUGGUGCAGUUGAGUAUAUCAUUUGCCAUGCAGAAGUUUCCAUUGCUUUUUCAGAGGAAACAAAAAUUUCCGAGGUGCUCAAAACUUUUCCUAACGCAGGAAAGUUCCUAAAAACUCUUGUAAGCUUUGGUAAGGUCACACAGGAACAGAAAGACAUGGCUGGAACUUUUGAUUUGAAAUUGUAUUCUUGGGAUGAGUUCUUGCUACUGGGAAUACAAGAGAAAUUUGAUCUUCCUGUUAAAAAGAAAACAGAUAUCUGUACAAUCAUGUAUACAAGUGGAACAACUGGUGACCCAAAGGGAGUCAUGAUUUCCAAUGAGAGCAUUUUAUCCCUUAUUUCUGGAGUGAACCACCAUAUGGAGACCAUGAAUGAAGAGUUCACUGAUAAGGAUGUAUAUCUGUCGUACCUUCCUUUAGCACACAUAUUUGAUCGGGUCAUUGAAGAAUUAUUCAUUUCCAAAGGUGCAUCGAUAGGUUUUUGGCAUAAGGAUGUUAAACAACUGGUUGAUGACAUCAAAGAGCUAAAGCCAACUGUAUUUUGUGCAGUUCCACGUGUGCUGGACAGGAUUUAUUCAGGUUUGGUGGACAAGAUUUCUUCUGCUGGUUUCCUUAAACAUAAACUGUUUAACUUUGCUUUUAACUACAAAUUGGGUAACAUGAGUAAAGGGUAUAAACAUGCAGAGGCAGCUCCUAUUUUUGACAAAAUAAUUUUCAACAAGGUGAAGGAGGGUUUAGGAGGAAACUUGCGUCUCAUUCUGUCGGGAGCAGCACCUCUCUCUUCCACUGUUGAAACCUAUUUACGAAUUGUGACAUGUGCCAAUGUUCUUCAAGGAUAUGGUUUAACGGAGACCUGUGCAGGGUCAUUUGUUGCAAGACCAGAUGAACUUGCAAUGGUUGGUACUGUAGGUCCUCCUUUGCCAAUUAUAGAUGUGUGUCUAGAGUCUGUUCCUGAAAUGGGGUAUGACGCCCUUGGAAAUACCCCUCGUGGAGAGAUAUGUAUAAGGGGCAAGUGUUUAUUCUCAGGAUACUACAAGCGCGAAGACCUCACCAAAGAGGUGUUGGUCGAUGGCUGGUUCCACACAGGCGAUGUUGGUGAAUGGCAGCCGGAUGGGAGUAUGAAAAUUAUUGACCGGAAGAAAAACAUUUUCAAGCUCUCCCAAGGAGAAUAUGUUGCAGUUGAGAAUCUGGAGGGCAUUUAUUCUCUUGCCUCUAGUGUGGAUACGAUAUGGAUCUACGGUAGUAGCUAUGAGUCAUUUCUUGUUGCCGUUGUGAAUCCCAAUAUGGGUGCUCUUCAGUCCUGGGCCGAGGAGAAUGGACUGACCGGGGAUUUUGAUACUAUAUGUGAAAACCCAAAGGCAAAAGCAUAUAUUCUAUCAGAACUAGCCAAUACUGCUAAGGAAAAGAAGCUGAAAGGCUUUGAGUUUAUCAAAGCUGUGCACCUUGACCCUAUACCAUUUGACAUGGACCGUGAACUUCUAACCCCAACUCACAAGAAAAAGAGGGCCCAAUUUCUCAAAUAUUACCAGAACAUCAUUGAUGCACUGUACAAAAGCACAAGAUAAGCAACCAGACACCUUGACUUCACAUCCGAGCUGGAUAUAAGUAACUAUAUUUAUAUCUACGAUGACAAACUCCGAAUGCAGUUUUCUACCAGCUCAUAUUUAUUAGUUGUAAUUCAUUCUUGAUUGUACCUUAUAAAAGUCCAAUUAUGUAAUGCUAAUUAUAUUCCUUGCUAUUUCUUCAACAAUUGAAUGUCUCAGAUACCUUUCAUUUACUGGACACAAAGUUCUUUUUUG